UCUUCCAAACUGUCCCGGGACUCUGAGCUGCGCUGCUCCCACUCCCCUCAGCUUCCUAAGGAUUUUGUUUCUCAGGGAUGGCCGCAUCUAUUCUGGAGGUAGGGAAUGUAAUUGAAGACGCACGCUAUGGCUCCAGUCCUCUGGCUAUGUUAACAGCUACCUGUAACAAGUUUGGCAGCACCAGCCCUGUCAGGGAUUCAGCUACACCCGGUAAGCCUGGCAGCACCUCUCCAGUAAAGAAGCCCUACAACAUGACCUCUGACCUUCAGACAGCUAAGAACGGGCGGACCACAGACAGCAGUGGCCUGGCAGACUCCUACACUGGCUCCUUCACGUCAGCUGGAGGAGGAGGUGGCGGGCUGCUUACACCCACUGGAAGUCCCCCUCCUUCAGCCGGAGGCUACACUACAGAGUAUAACCCUUUUUCCCACUCCUUCCAGACUUCAGUCUCACAGGACCCAUCUCUUUUAGUGUCCAAGGCCCAUGCUACAGCCGACUGUCUCACCAGUGUGUAUACUUCGCUGGAUAUGACACAUCCCUACGGCUCCUGGUAUAAAGCUGGUAUUCAUCCUGGCAUAACUGCUGCUCCAGCUAAUGCUACAUCUUCCUGGUGGGAUGUCCAUCCUAACUCCAACUGGCUGUCAGCAACCCAGCCCCAAGGGGAUGGAGGUCUGCAGGCCUCUCUGCAGCCUGUAGCACCACAGGCAUCCCUUAGCCCACAGCUGCCCAGUUACAGCACCGAUUUUACACCACUUAAUCCAGCCCCUUACCCUUCAGUGGGACUGGGCUCCUCCUCACAUCUCCUCCAACCUUCCCAGCACAUGUUACCCCAGGACAUGUACAAGCCCAAACCUGUGCCAAGUGCAGGGCUAAUUGAGAAUCCCAUGGGCCUAAAGCCUGCUAGGGGAUCAGGGGGCUACAGUGGAGGGGCUACACCCACCAGGUCUUCAUGUGACUGCCCCAACUGCCAGGAGCUGGAGAGGCUGGGAGCCUCUGCUGCAUCCCUGAGGAAGAAACCAGUCCACAGCUGCCACAUCCCAGGCUGUGGGAAAGUCUACGGCAAGGCCUCCCACCUAAAAGCCCACCUGCGCUGGCACACCGGAGAACGGCCCUUUGUUUGCAACUGGUUGUUCUGCGGGAAGCGUUUCACCCGCUCUGAUGAACUGGAGAGGCAUGUGCGCACCCACACACGGGAGAAGAAGUUCACCUGUCUACUGUGCAACAAGCGUUUCACACGCAGCGACCACCUCUCAAAGCAUCAGAAGACCCAUGCAGAUUCUGCAAUGCAGGGAAAAGCUGUAGCUGUGGAGGGAGACACAGAUUCUCGGAGUGAAGAGACCACAGAGCUCAACUCCAGCGCUGUACCAACCAAUCCUGUCGCUGACCAAAUCACCAAUGGAGAUGAGAAGACUGGCACCACUAAUGGAGUCGAGAACAGCAGUGGAUUGUUGGAGAUCUGACUUAAGUCUUGAAAUUAUAGAUUUUUUUUAUAGGAAAAAAAAAAAAUCACCUUGCAAAUACAAAACUGUAUUUUGUUUCAAGACAUACAAAGGAUGCCAGACAAUGUUUGAAAAGACUUGAUAUGAUAAAGGACUGAUUAAAGGUAGAAAUCACUUCAUUUUCUCUGGACCACACACACACACACGUCCAUACACACACAAGCAAAUAUGAGCAAGCCUGCAAACAUACAGCGAUUCACAAAUGUAUGCAGACACACACGCACAAAUAUGAACAACCAAGACGUAAAUGAACACAAUAUGCACAUGUGCACAGAAAUAACUAUGAGCAAAUGUGCAAGCAUACAUAAUGCAUGCACGCAUGGCAAAAGUACGUCUGCUCGGAAACGCAUACAAGUAAACAUGCUCAUGCACAAAUUUUGUAGCCUACACACAUUUUCUGCCUUUUAAAUGAGACAAACCACUGGGGAAAUUUAAUCUGCAAAAGCAGAGGGAAAAGAGCUCUGACGCCGCAAAAGGAAAGUAGUUUUAAAAUGAGACUUAUGGUCAGGAUGAUGGAGUCAAUGAAGCAUUGCAUGCCUAGAGAAAAAUAUGAUUUACAGCUGUACUUUGAUACUUAUUCAUUAUUCUUGAAACAAUCAAUGGACAGUGCAACUUACAGCUUCUUGUUGCCAAAGACAUUCUGUUGUAAAAGGUAAUGCAUUUCACCUUUGUUUGCUGUUUGCUUCUUACCGUGCCUAAUUUAAUUUCAUAUUUACUUUAAUAAUCUAAUUUAUGUCUUAAAUUAUACACAUGAAAGAUUAUCUUGCACCUGCAGGAAAUACCUGGGAAAAAAAUGAAUGCAAGAUGGUUGAAGCCGGCCAAAAAGAAAAUGAAAUACAUUAAAUUAAGACUUUUUUUUUUCUUAUUUAUUAGCUAUAAGGAAAUGUUUGGUGGUUGUUUUUAAAAGUUUUAUUUAUAAACCUUGAAGUUAAAUGUGCGUGUAAACUAAUUCUUAUAUAAUCUUUUAAUUGUGAAGUCUUCCACACCUGGCAAGAUAAUGAGUAAUAAGGGCUUUCUUCCUUGUUUGUGCAUACUAUAUAUUGACAACAGUAUAUAGAUAUGUAUAUAGGUGUGUUAUUUUUUUAUGCAUUUUCUAUGUUUUGUAUAACUUUCCACAAGAAAUUUUGUCUAGGUUGCUUCAGUUUAAAAAAAAGCAAAAAAAAAAAAAAGAACAUACAGUUAAAGCUUAGUUUUUUUGUCUUUAUGGCAGAAUUGAAGCCCCAGUGUUUGCUGACUUGUUGUGAAAUGAGUGUAAAAGAUACUGUAAAUACCGAUAAAGCAUGAAA